AUGACACAUGGGCGCACAGCAUUGUGGCUACUGUCAGCUCUGCUCAUUCUGGGUCUCUCAGGUUGUUUGUCUCUGAUGGGCCCCAGGGCUGUGACUGGCACCACGGGGGGCUCUCUGAGUGUGCGGUGUCAGUAUGAGAAGGUGUACGAGGGGUGUAACAAAUACUGGUGCUGAGGACAGUAUGGCACGUCAUGUGAGACCAUUGUGGAGACCAAAGGAAAUGAAAAAGAGGAGAGGAAGGGCAGCAUGACCAUCAGGGACCACCCUGAUGACCUCACCUUUACUGUGACCAUGGAGAACCUCAAUGCAGAUGAUGUGGGACCUUGCUGGUGCAAGAUUCAGACAGCAUGGAUCCUGGAUGAGUGGUCACACGACCCUUCGUUCCUGGUGAGAGUGUCUGUUUCCCCAGGGCUGAGCCUCCGGAACCAAGGGAGGAGGGAUGAUGGGGGUCCCAGAGAGGAGCUGUCCUGGUCCCAGGGUAGCAGAGUCCACUUCCUGUUCCUCACACUCCUGAGGUUGCCCUUGUUCCUGGGCAUGCUUAGCACUAUCCUCUGGGUGAACAGACCUCAGAGGGCUCCUGGGGGAGAUACAGUCUUCCUGACCAGGAGCCCUGCAGUGCACAGUCCCCAGGAAUACCCUGGCCAAGUGCCACAAGUAGGGAAGGUGGUAGACCCCUUCGUGUGA